UAUCGAUACUAGAGGCUCCCGAUUCCCACCUCUAACUUACGUUUCACUGUGAUUGUCAUGCAGCCCUAAGAACUGGCGAAAUUGUUUAUUAUUUUCGGCAAGCAAAUGCUGGCAUCAUGGUAAAUGUUAUGAAAGGAGUGCUGGUGGAGUGUGAUCCUGCUAUGAAACAAUUCCUGCUGCACUUGGACGAGAAACUGGCUUUGGGUCGCAAAUUUAUUAUCCAGGAUCUGGACGAGAACCAUUUGUUUAUCUCCACGGACAUCGUGGAAGUGUUGCAGGCGCGAGUGGACGAUUUGAUGGAUCGAAUAAGCUUCCCGCUGCACGACAAGGACGCUUAAAACAAAUCACCCACAAAACCCAAUAGCCAAAAGUUAAAGCCCAAAACAACCAUGACGGGACGCGAAUCCAAUCGCAUCAAGGACGCUGAGAAGAAGCGUGUCCUGGACUCUACAGCCCGCCAGAGGCGUGCCCGCAAAGCGUUGGAGGCCCUGGAGCAGGACAACUUCCACGAUGACCCACACGCCGACCUCGU